AUGAUGGGCUCUGCUGGCGGCUCUGCUGGCUCUGGCACCGCGAAAGUCGACCCAGCCUGCGCCGUCUGUCAAGCCCCUGCCAGUCAGCUAUGCGGCUGCGAGGCUCAUGCCCUUGAAGUCGCCCUCUCCCAAGCUGAAGAUUUAUAUCUUCCACCUGCCAUGCGCAGUAUUCGCUCCUGGGUCCGUCGCAACGCCCGCGACUACAUCCUCGGCUACUUCCACACCCUCUCCGAGCCCUGCAAGGACGCCUACGCGUUGCACCUCGACACCAUCAAGGCCACUUGCCUUGCCCGCUCCGGCCCUUCCAGCCCCGGAUCCGGCUCCGGCUCCGGCUCCGGCAACAACAACAACAACAACAACAACACCAAUGUCCACGUUGCCCGUGCUCGCGCAGAGUACCACCGCAACAUUGACCGCGCCUGGGCGCUCGCCGUCAAGCGCUACCCCGAGGUCCUCAACCACUUUUACUCCCUCGUUCGCAUCACCCUGCCUGGCGACGACGACCCCGCCAUGAAGCGCGUGCCGGGUUUCGAUCGGCCGCCUAAGGCGGGGGACAAGCGGCAACGCGCAGAUCGCCGCAAGCCCCCUGUGCGUUCACGGUACGGACACACCCCGUCAUCGCCGCAUUUUCCGGCGCCGCCGCAGUUUCCGGCGCCGCCGCAGUUUCCGAUGACGCCGGCGUCGUCUAAAGCACCACCACCUAUGCCACAUAUGCCCCCGCCGCCGCCGCCGCCGCCGCCGCCACACGUCGCGCACUGGCAAACGCCUCCGCCGUCGCCACCAUAG